AUGCUACAUUUUGCAGAGCCUUCUCUUACACUGCACACGCUUUCCUGCCUCGCGUGCCAUUUAACCUGGGAUAUCAGAGCUAACGCAAUUUGUGUUCUUCAGGAGUCGGUCAGAGUGAAGGAAUCUGACAGCUUGGAGUUUCAUUUGUUUCAAAAGGAACACGGCCACAACCGCCACUUCCGCGAGACCCGACUCGUUGUCGGCAGCGUCCAGGAGGGACGAGGAUUUGCAUUUCGGAGGAAACAAAAGAUUGAACAACAGUACAGGAAAUUGUUGAAAAAGAGAAGACAGGUGCCUGCACAACAGAGUGAUCAGUUUACUGAUACUUAUCCAGAGCACUUGAAACAUCUUUACCUUGCAGAGGAAGAAAAACUUAAGAAGCAGCGGCGCAAGACUCCAGAUGAUUCAGCGUCAUCAGAAGAAAAGCUUAAUAAAGCAGCAGAGUCAGUUGUGACUCAAGAGAAGUUUAAAAAUAAGACGUCCAAUCAGAAGGCAAAAGAAGAGUAUGAGAAAAUAAAGGCUGAGCAUGCUAGAAAGAAAGAGGAAGCAGAAAAAAGAAAACAACAAAAAGAAGAAGCUCAACGUUUGUACAAGAAAAAGAAAAUGGAAGCUUAUAAAAUACUGAGUAAGAAGACAAAGAAAGGACAGCCAAAUCUAAAUUUACAAGUAGAAUUUCUUCUUCAGAAAAUACAGCAAAAUACAUAACCUCUGCAUAUAUUUAAGUUAGCUGUGGACAUUUUAUUAAGUUUCUUCUAAUAAAUACUGUCUUUUUGUUUCUGCA